AUGUCAACCCCCGUCGUUUUCGUUUGCGGUGCCACCGGCAAUCAAGGUGGCGCCCUCAUUCAGCACAUUUCUGAACAUGGCAAAGUUCAUGCGAUUACUCGAGAUUCCACAUCUCCUGCUGCCCAGAGGCUUCAGUCGCAGGGAGUUUCUAUCACCGAAGGCAGCUUCGACAAUCAAGAAAGCCUCAAGAAAAGCAUGUCUGGAUGUACAACUCUUUUCCUGAAUCUAUCGCCCAGUUUCACCAAGCCCACCGCCGAAAUCGAGCAAGCCAAGCAAGUGCUUGCCAUCGCCAAAGAAGUCGGAGUCCAACAUAUCAUCUAUACCAGUGCUCUUGGUACCAACAAUCCUGAAGCGCUCAAGCACUGGGACCCUAAGAGUCUAGUCGCAGUAACGCUUCGAGCAAAAAAAGCCGUCGAGGACGAAGUUCGAGAUGCGGAUUUCAAAACUUGGACUAUUUUGCGACCGGGAAACUUCAUGGUCAAUUACCUCUUCCCAUUAGUUCAGAUGUACAACGGGUUUGUCGAGACCGGAACUUUCACUACGGCGUAUUCCAAGGAUACACUGCUUCCUAUGGUCGACCCCAAUGAUAUCGGCAAAUUCGCGGCUGCUGCAGUCCUUGAUCCCAUCAAGUUCAACGAAAAGGAAAUCGAGAUCGCCUCCCAAUUGAUGGGCAUCGAGGAGGUGUUGAAGGACAUCUCUCACGCAACCGGAAAGGAGAUGAAGGUGGUAUACCUUUCAGAAGAGGAAAUCAAAGAGCAAAUCCAGCAGAACCCUCUCAUCUUUGUUCAGCUCGUGAUGCGCGAUCUUUCCCAGUUUGUUGAUAUGGAAAGGUUGAAAGAGUGGAAGAUUGAGCUGGGCACUUUUCCUCAGUUCUUGGAGCGAGAGAAGGACCGAGUCAUGAAGACCUACCUUUAA